CUCUCCGUUCCCUUCAGCUGCCAGGGUCCCAUGGCGACGGCGGCGGCAGAAAAGCAUCCCCGCCCGCAGCCGCGCCAUAGCAACCCGGACGUCAGCGCCGGCAGCCAGGGCCGGCGGGGCAGAGCAGCGGGGCUCCCCCGGGGCUCCCCGCUGCGUCCCCCCGGGCUGCCGCCCGCAUCCCCCGGGGCUGCCCCCGCGUCCCCCCGGGACCCCCGGCGGCCGGGGAGGGGCCGCGUGGAGCCCGCCCCGUCGGGAGGCGCGGCGCUGUCCGCGGUACUGACGGCGCCGAACCCGAAGGGGGGUCCGGGGGUGCCGGGGUGUCCGGGGGGGUUAGGGGGCUGGGAGGGUCUGGGGGCUGCCGCCCUCAGGACGCGUUAGCCGCGGCCGGGGACGGAACCAGCGGCAGCACCCCAAAAAACGUCGCUUUGCCCCCACUCUGGUGUCGAAGGAGAGGUCUGCAAGAUGCGCAGCCUGCAGAGCGUCUCCAGUAUCUCCGCCAGAGCCCCUCAGGGGUGAAGGCGCUGCGCGGCUUCCAGCAUGAGCGGCCCCUUCCCGGAGGUGCCCUCAGCACGGAUAGCGAGGAGGAGGAGAGCGGCGCCCCUGGGAGGAUGCUCUGGAGCAGAGCCUGAACAAAGGACAUGACUAUGAUGUUUGACCACAGUAUGGAUAACAACAACGCUCCCUUUGUUUUCCCUACUUUAUUCCUCCUGCUGCAGAACAACAGCUACCCCGAUACCUCCAUCUCUCCUGCUAGCCACGAGAUGACAGAGUCACCCAAGGAACCCAGGUCAAGCAGGAACCACACCAUCUUGCAGUAUGAACUGAAGCCAGGGGAAAUCAUAGCAGCCAGUAUGGUUUUUGGAGUAUUGUGGUUGUUUUCCAUCUUCGGAAACUCCCUUGUUUGCUUAGUGAUCCACAGGAGCAGGAGGACACAAUCAACCACCAACUAUUUUGUUGUCUCCAUGGCUUGUGCAGACCUUCUCAUCAGUGUUGGAAAUGCACCAUUUGUGCUGCUUCAGUUUGCUUCAGGCAGGUGGACGUUGGGGAACAUGAUGUGCAAGGUGGUGAGGUAUAUAAAAUAUCUCACCCCUGGAGUCCAGAUAUACGUGCUCCUCUCCAUAUGUGUGGAUCGAUUCUACACUAUUGUCUACCCCCUGAGCUUCAAAGUGUCAAGAGAGAAAGCCAAGAAAAUGAUUGUAGCAUCUUGGAUCUUUGAUGCUGCAUUUGCAUCGCCAGCUUUCUUCUUCUAUGGCUCCAAUGGGGAUGACCAUUGCAACUUCUUUCUCCCAAAUUCUUGGGAAGGAGCCAUCUACAGUGUCAUCCAUCUCUUGGUGGUGUUUUUGAUCCCAUCCAUCCUCAUUAUUCUAUUCUAUCAAAAGGUUAUCAAGUACAUUUGGAGAAUAGGCACUGAUGGCAGGACUGUCAGGAGGACAAUGAAUAUUGUCCCAAGGACAAAAGUGAAAACCAUCAAGAUGUUCUUAAUGUUAAAUUUAGUGUUUCUCCUGUCCUGGCUCCCUUUUUAUGUGGUACAACUGUGGCACCCACAGGAAACAGACUACAGAAAGAGUUCCUUGGUUUUCAUGGCUAUCACAUUGAUCUCUUUCAGUUCUUCAGCUUCUAAGCCAACCCUGUACUCAGUGUAUAACGCGAACUUCAGAAGAGGGAUGAAAGAAACUUUUUGCAUGUCCUCUAUGAAAUGCUACAGAAGUAAUGCAUAUACCAUCACUACCAGUUCAAGGAUAGCAAAAAAAAAUUAUGUUGGGAUCUCAGAAAUCCCAGCACCAGCCAAAACUGUAACCAAAGACUCAAUCUAUGAUUCAUUUGACAGAGAAGCAAAAGAAAAAAAGCUAGCCUGGCCUAUUCAUUCAAAUCCUCCAAAUACAUUUGUCUAAUUGGCUUAAUUGCUUUGAAAGGUGAUUAUGUACCACAGGAACAAGGAGCUUUAUCUCCUUUUUGAACCAAUGUAAAUUUACAUAUUUUUAAAAUGACUUUUAGGGAGGAAAAAAAAAAAGAUGUUUUAUUUUAUUAAAUGCAUUGAUUUUUGAUGUA